UGGUGGUGUGCGUGUCGUGUUUACGUCAUCUACUCACAUGUUGAAUUGAUCCUUAGUCUUGGAUGUCGAAUGAUGUUUUAAGUUUGUGUAAGUAAGAAUCAAUCAAAGUGUUGAAUAGCGACUCAGUAGAAGUGUGUUACUGUUCAUCCAGCUUCACGAUGGAGGCUUUCUUGUGUCGACUGUGCAUCAUGAUCAUUUGUUCUGCGACCGGUAUUUCUGGUUCCAUGAAUCUUACCCGCCUCCUGCAAGCGCCAGCACAGAUGGAUCAAUAUACCCUUGUGUGUCGUAGUGACGGCAGAACGGAUGGCGGCCGUGUGAUAACGUGGUUUAGAAGCGGAAGUAAAAUCUUCCAGACUUUAGCGGGACCUAUGUCUUACUGUAGCAUGGCACCCAUCCAAGACGUCUACAACGUCAUCAUUAAAGGCGACGUCACAGUUAGCUGUGAACCAACUAUGCACACGGUGACGUUCACGCUUAGUUCCCGGGCUGACGACGAUGAUGAGUGGUGGUGUCAGGAUCAAGCAGGAGGACAGACGGGCACCAGCAAUCACUUGGAACUUGGACCUACAGCCAUGACAACGCAUGGCCUGUCCACCCAUGGACCAUCUUCAUAUGCUAUGGCGAGUGCAGUCACGACGAUAACAUUGCCUGGUGGAGAAUCAUCUAACACAGAGGAAUUCAGUGCUUCAACAGGAAGUUAUACCCUCGCUUCAUCUUCUGAAAAUACGUCACCGCCUGGCAGUAAUUCACGUGGUCCAAGAGGAAGUUCCACUAUCGCAUCAUCUACUGAUAAUACGUCAUCGCCUGGAACAAAAUCCCCAUCCUCAACAGGAAGUUCUACCAUUGCAUCAUCAACCGAAAAUAUGUCACCGCAUGGUACAAAAUCCCCAUCCUCAACAGGAAGUUCUACCAUCUCACCAUCUACUGAAAAUACGUCACCGCAUGGUACAAAAUCCCCAAGUUCAACAGGAAGUUCUACCAUCUCAAUAUCUACUGAAAAUACGUCACCGCAUGGUACAAAAUCCCCAUCCUCAACAGUAAGUCCUACCAUCUCACCAUCUACUGAAAAUACGUCACCGCAUGGUACAAAAUCCCCAGGUUCAACAGGAAGUUCUACCAUCUCACCAUCUACUGAAAAUACGUCACCGCAUGGAACAAAAUCCCAAGGUUCAACAGGAAGUUCUACCAUCUCACCAUCUACUGAAAAUACGUCACCGCAUGGUACAAAAUCCUCAGGUUCAACAGGAAGUUCUACCAUCUCAAUAUCUACUGAAAAUUCGUCACCGCAUGGUACAAAAUUCCCAUCCUCAACAGUAAGUUCUACCAUCUCACCAUCUACUGAAAAUACGCCACCGCAUGGUACAAAAUCCCCAGGUUCAACAGGAAGUUCUACCAUCUCACCAUCUACUGAAAAUACGUCACCGCAUGGCACAAAAUCCCCAGGUUCAACAGUAAGUUCUACCAUCUCACCAUCUACUGAAAAUACGUCACCGCAUGGCACAAAAUCCCCAAGUUCAACAGCAAGUUCUACCAUCUCACCAUCUACUGAAAAUACGUCAUCCCCUGGAACAAAAUCCCCAGGUUCAACAGGAAGUUCUACCAUCUCACCAUCUACUGAAAAUACGUCACCGCAUGGUACAAAAUCCCAAGGUUCAACAGGAAGUUCUACCAUCUCACCAUCUACUGAAAAUACGUCACCGCAUGGUACAAAAUCCCCAUCCUCAACAGUAAGUUCUACCAUCUCACCAUCUACUGAAAAUACGUCACCGCAUGGCACAAAAUCUCCAAGUUCAACAGGAAGUUCUACCAUCUCACCAUCUACUGAAAAUACGUCAUCGCCUGGAACAAAAUCCCCAGGUUCAACAGGAAGUUCUACCAUCGCAUCAUCAACUGAAAAUACUUCAUCUCCCGACAGAAAACCACGUGGAACUGACAAAGUCAGUGUUUCAACAGGACGUUCGACAGUCACAACUGCAAGGUUUACUAAGCAUGAUGACAAGGACUCCAGUAAGCGUAUCUACAUCAUAGUCGGCUCCGUGUGUGGAGCUGUCGCUGCUGCACUGGCUGUCGUCGUAGUCGUAGUCGUGAUUGUCUGUAGGAGGCGACGAGAGAAGGACGCAGCUUCAAGUGUUGAACGCCUUGGUCAUGGACACACAGAGGGAUCCACCUGUGAAACCAGGAUAGAAAGCGACCCUGAUUACCAGGAAAAGAUAGUAAUGGAGGACAACAACUUAUAUGUGAGGUCCUCAGAAGUACUGCCCCUGGAUCCUUCACGCAAUGCUGAGAACACUGAUGCUGCAGCUUCAAGUGUUGAACGCCUUGGUCAUGGACACACAGAGGGAUCCACCUGUGAAACCAGGAUAGAAAGCGACCCUGAUUACCAGGAAAAGAUAGUAAUGGAGGACAACAACUUAUAUGUGAGGUCCUCAGAAGUACUGCCCCUGGAUCCUUCACGCAAUGCUGAGAACACUGAUGCUGCAGCUUCAAGUGUUGAACGCCUUGGUCAUGGACACACAGAGGGAUCCACCUGUGAAACCAGGAUAGAAAGCGACCCUGAUUACCAGGAAAAGAUAGUAAUGGAGGACAACAACUUAUAUGUGAGGUCCUCAGAAGUACUGCCCCUGGAUCCUUCACGCAAUGCUGAGAACACUGAUGCUGCAGCUUCAAGUGUUGAACGCCUUGGUCAUGGACACACAGAGGGAUCCACCUGUGAAACCAGGAUAGAAAGCGACCCUGAUUACCAGGAAAAGAUAGUAAUGGAGGACAACAACUUAUAUGUGAGGUCCUCAGAAGUACUGCCCCUGGAUCCUUCACGCAAUGCUGAGAACACUGAUGCUGCAGAUGUGUACGCCAAGGUGAACAAAGGGCAAGAAAACAAAACAGAAGAGUUGACAUCAUUGUGAAUCUAAACACGAAACUAACCUUGUUGUAAAGUGCAGGAGAAGAAGAACACUGCUGGUCAGGUCAUCCACAAGGUCAUGGAGGAUCACUAUUGUCCCAUCGCAACACACUAACUUACACAGAUAUACUGUUUUCCUUGCUAACACAUUAUACAUACCAAAGAGGUCGCCUAAGGUGACGCAGUUCGCUGUACAGAGUUUUGUCGUUUAUGCCUCCGGGGCGUCGGGUAGCCUAGUGGUUAAAGCGUUCGCUCGUCACGCCGUAGACCCGGGUUCGAAUCCCGACAUGGG